UCUUCUUCUGGAAGCGUUAGAAAACUGUCAAUGGAUUUAAUGUUUCACUGCGCAUUUUUUUUGGUUUCCACCGUCUUUCUAAUGCACACAACGGCAUACGUUAUUGGCUCUUCCAACGUGGCCACCAAACUAACUGACCCUGACGAUGUCUUAACAAUAGGGAAAAUGUCGUUUUUGGAACCAACACGAAGGGGAAAAUUUGUAUUUAAACCUCAAGACUUGAAAGAAUAUGAUGAAAGAACGGUUUUUGAUCCUGGCGAUGAAUUGUUUCAUGUCUUAAAUGCUGACAUAGCAACUACAAAUGAAAACUUAAAAAUGCCAUCUCAAAGCAACGACUACGAGGAGACAAUUGGCAAUGAUGUAGACAUCAUGGAUAAGGACGACAUAUUACAAAAAUUACAUCAAGACCUACGAGAUGAGCAAGAUAUAGUCACGAAAUCGAACAUACUGAUAAAAAUGUUAGAGGAUCCCAAUAUGGGUACCUUACCAUUGGUCUACAUGGAAGAGGAAGCUGAAGACACAGAAGCUGAUAUGUCCAAUAUUAACAUAAACUCGAACAGCCUAACAAAACGAUCUCGUUAUUACAGACGUUUUCCUUGGAAGCGUCAUCACAAAAAUCGAAACACAUAUGAGCCAGAAUUACGUUACGCCUGCACGCCCACAAAAGAGGACGUUUUCCAAUUGCUGGUUAAUUUACAUGAGAACCGAAACGGCAGGAGCGCCAGAAACGCUAGAAACGGCAACACUAUAACCUUCUGUAACCGUAAAAGGCCAGCUAAAGCUAUUUUUACUAAUAUACGAUUUUUAGGUUAAAAGAAAAGCGCAAAUUGCAACAAAAAUUUCAAACAA